UUUUAGCAGCCCCGGGCCCGGACGGGAAGUCGGUGUCACCCAGAGCCGGUAGCGGGGCGGGAGGGCGCAGCCCGGCCCCACAUCACCGCGUCCUCGCAGCGCUUCCUCCGGGAGAACACGGAGCCGCCUCCCAACCGGAGACAGCAGUGCUCAGAAAGGAAAGAAAACGGACCAAUAAAAAAAAAAAAAAAAAAAAAAAAAGGAAAACAACAAACCAACUUCUUUGCACUCUUCUGGACAAGCAAAGUUCCUGCCCGUUAUAAUUAUCUGCAACCUUCAUUGUUCUGGGGUAGAUAAACAGGCGGCGCUCAGCGCAGCUGCGGUGGGUGCUCCUCGCCCUGCUGGGUGCACUGGGCUCUGGGGUUUGGGAUCCGAGGUCUGGGGUUUGGGAGCUGAGACCUGGAGUCUGAGAUCUGGGGUUUGGGAUCCAAGAUCUGGGGUUUGGGGUUUGGGUUCUGGGCUGCAGCCAUGCCCCUGGGCCAGCUGAAGUUCGCCGAGCUGGGUGCAGAGGAGCCGGCUGCGGGCGAGGAGAGCCUGGCUGGGGUGAAGGCUCUGACGGCCAAGCUGAAGCUGCAGACCCGCCGCCCUUCCUACCUGGAGUGGGAGGCACGGGUGCGGGAGCAGCGCUGGGGCAGGCAGACCCCCAUGGGGGCGAAGGGAACCUCGGGGCACCCCGGGGCUGAGCAGGACGGCAGCGUCUGCGGGUUCCCCAGUAUGGAGGAGGCUCUGGAAUGGCUCAGGACGGAGCUGCAGGAGCUGCAGGCUGCGGACCAGCGCCUGGCACAGCAGCUGAUGCGCCUGCGGGUACAGCUGCACCGGCUGAAGGUGGAGCAGGCCUGCCACCGGCACAAGGAGAUGCUGGACGAUGCCGCCUUCGGCCUCGAGGGCUGCGAGGAGGACUCGGACCUGCUCUGCACCAUCCCGCCCAAGGCCGCCUUCCUGCUCUCCAUGCCGCUCAAGCACAUCGGUGUCACCCGCAUGAACAUCAACUCCCGGCGCUUCUCCCUCUGCUGAGCGCAGCGGGGCCCCGUGGGCACCCACGGGUGCGCCCGGGGGUUGGGAGGGGCUCACGGGUGCCCCCAAAGCGCCGCGGGGACAUCGGGCUCGGGGCUGAGCUCCUUCGUGUCUGUGCUAAGGGAACCGCGCCAUCCCCAUGGGGCACAUGUGCGUGGUGGGGGUCAGCCACAGGGGAGGAUGUGGGGAGCAGCGCUCAGAGGAGGAAUAAAAGGAGGUGUCGGUGAGAA